CCUCAACGCAACAAAUCCAUCUCAUUUUCCUGAAAUCCCCGCUUCGUUCCCAUCACCAUCGUCACUAAAUAUUGUUUAGAUCGUCUAUCUUCUCUCCGUUCAACAAUAGCGAUGUCAUCGACUCAAGGCAAGACUAUUACCUGCAAAGCUGCUAUCGCAUGGGAGCCUGGCAAGCCACUUUCCAUAGAGGAAAUUGAAGUCGCGCCUCCUAGGGCGCACGAGGUCAGAAUUAAAAUCCACUACACUGGAGUUUGUCACACCGAUGCGUACACUCUCUCCGGCAAAGAUCCUGAGGGCGCCUUUCCCAUUGUCCUCGGGCACGAAGGUGCCGGAAUUGUGGAGUCGAUUGGUGAGGGUGUUACUAAUGUGAAGGUGGGAGAUCACGUUGUCGCGCUGUAUACACCCGAAUGCCGUGAAUGCAAGUUUUGCAGGUCUGGAAAGACCAACCUGUGUGGUAAAAUUCGUGCCACCCAAGGGAGGGGUGUUAUGCCUGACGGGACAUCUCGAUUCAGCGCCAAGGGCAAGGACCUCUUGCAUUUCAUGGGGACAUCCACCUUCAGUCAGUAUACCGUGGUCGCAGAUAUUUCAGUUGUUGCCAUCACCUACGAUGUCUCUAUGGAAAAGACCUGUCUCCUGGGCUGCGGUAUUACAACUGGGUACGGGGCUGCGGUCGUUACUGCGGGGAUAGAGAAGGGCUCCACUGUAGCUGUUUUCGGUGCGGGGUGUGUUGGUCUCUCGGUGAUCCAGGGCGCCGUGAAGUGCGGCGCCAGCCAAAUUAUUGUCGUGGACGUCAACGCCAAAAAGGAAGAAUGGGGUAAGAAGUUUGGGGCAACCCACUUUGUCAACCCAUCGAAAAUUGGCGACCAGACCAUCCAGGAGAAGCUUAUUGAGAUGACUGAUGGAGGCCUGGACUACACAUUUGAUUGCACCGGAAAUGUUCAAGUGAUGAGGGCGGCCCUAGAGGCGUGCCACAAGGGUUGGGGUCAGUCAAUCGUGAUCGGUGUCGCCGCCGCCGGCCAGGAAAUUUCUACAAGGCCAUUUCAACUGGUCACCGGGCGUGUCUGGAAGGGUUGUGCCUUUGGAGGGAUUAAGGGCCGUACUCAGCUCCCCGACCUAGUUAAGGACUACAUGGAAGGGAAACUUAAAGUGGACGAGUUUAUCACCCACCGUGAGCCUCUAGAUCAAAUAAACAAUGCAUUCGACCAGAUGAAGGCGGGGGACUGCAUCAGGUGA